AUGUUUUCGAGGCUGCGGGAGUUGGAGCAGAUCCGCAUUAGCAACCACGAGGCAGUGGAAGAGCGUGAAAUGCAGAGCCUCUUCUCUUUGGAGUCGAAACUCAACCCACUGGAGACGUCGUGGAUGGAGAGCGAGGUGAGUGAAGGAGGAGGAAGCAUACCCGCCGGCCGGCGACGGUGGCGCCGUGGUAAGGCGCGCACAGAAUCAUGGGAGACAAGCACGCCGGUGUUCUCGGCAGCGCCAGCCACCAACGGCACGGUGGCUUGCAUCAGCUCGAGUCAGGACCACGACGAUCACGCUAGUGGGAGGCGGGAGGCGACCAUAAAAGUGCGGCAGCAACAGACACGACAUGAAACAGAAGAUGCGCAGCAAACGGCGCUGGAGAAGGCAUAUGACACCCAGCACGCAAUGCAGGCGGACGCGGUAAACGGGAGGCAGAAUGGGAAGGGACGGAAACGAAGCAGCAGCGGUAGCAGUGGGGAUUGGAGCAAUGAUGGUGAAUGGAUUGACGGCGGUGAGGUGCCAUCAGUCCCCUUGUCGUCUUCAGGUCUCGCAACGAGCCGUGCGAGGCGAACGGGUGCCUCUGCCACGGACGUUUGCGGUGCGAGUGAGACGAAGUCAAUGGCCCCCCGCGACAACGCGAGCAACACGGAUGGGGAAAAGUCUCUGCUCUGCUCUCCAGCUUCGGGGGUGUCGGCGACGGACAUAUUCGCGUCUUCUAUGCGAGGCGACAGGGAAGACGCGGUGGUGGCGGCGGGAGGCGAGCAAGGCGAGGCGGAGAGCGCGGUUGCCCACCCUGACACGCCCAGACCCUCCAGCCCCCUCUUCCCUAUUCACCUCAAACCACGCCCGCAGUCGCACAAAAAGACACCCGGUUCCGCGGCGCUGCCGCGUCGACACAACAAUUUGGUAGCAUGGGUGCGAAGCACCUCUCGCCGCCGCUGCGAGGAGGCCAUGAUGCAGUUCAUUGGGGGAAACGUGGCGUUCCUCUCACAGGGCAGUGGUGGCGGCGUCCAGGCGCCGGCUCCGGUGGCGAAGAAUGAUGACGGCAGCGUGCACCGCCGCCGGCGAAAAGUGGUGGUGAUGAGCAGUCCCGGUAAAGCCGAGAACGCAUCACUGCGGCAUGGAAGAGGCACGAAUGACGACGCAGGCAGGAACACGACGACGACUGGUGGUGGUGGUGGCGGCGACGGCGACUCGACGGGAGUGGCAAUCGCCUGCACGAAGAUGGUGGCCACGGCAAAGGCGGGGGCAGCGGGGGCAGCCAUAUCUCCCACGCGAGCUGUCAGUGCGUCUUUUGGGCGUAGGUCAUGCACUGAGGCGCCGUGUCACACCUCCACCCCCGCCCAGCAUGUUACACCUAGCCGAACCUUGGCGUCAGCAUCUCUCACGCUGUCGUCACCGGCAGCAUCUCAGGCAGCAAUGCAGCAGCCGCUGCCGCAGCCGUCGCCACUACGGGUGGCUGCUGCUGCUGCUGCUUUGUCCGGCCUGCACCCACACAAACACUUCCACACGGAACAUUCAGCGGUCAUGGGUGUCAGCGCGGAGAGACGCACGCCGGAAAACCUUUCCCCCACACGGGGCACAAAACCAAAUCUCACCCUGACGGCAGCAGCAACAACAACCGCGGUGACAACAGCAAAAAAAGCAAGAACGGCAGCGGGGACAUCUCCCACAACAUGUGCCUCGCGUUUUUCAAGACAUAGCCACAGUCACGUAGGGAUUAACAGUGGCAUGCUUGCGCAGCAGCACUGUUUAUUGUACUUGCACAAUUUUGGCCAGGAUAUCCUUUUACAGCCGACGUCUAAUUUGCAUUCUGGUAUGCUGCCGUUAGAGAAGUGGCGUUUUCGCGAGGGAGGGCGCAUGGUCUCGGGGGGCUCGGAUGCCUCUGAGGAACAGGAAUGUGUGCAGUGUGUUGCACAUGGCACUAGCGGACUCAACGCCCCACUACUUAGCUGUGGUACCUCGCUAAGCACGAAUGAGCCGUCCACACCGCCCUCACAGCGACAACGGCUACGCAGAGGCAGGCGUGAGACAACAGAGGCGUCGCCGACGGGCAUUGCCGCGCGUUGGAAGCAGCGUCGCGCGAAUACCGGCGCUAGACCUUCUAGUAACCACGCAAAGCGUGCGUUGGACCACACCACCACGUGUGUGCCCGGCGCCGGCAGGUGUGAUGUUCCGGAAUUCGUUGAGUUGUGCUCCACGUUCAAGGGGGUAGAGAGCCUGCGGGCUGCGCACACACCCGAAAAGGCCUCGCCACCGACGGUGUCCACGGCGGCCAAUCAGCAAAGGCCGCGCGUUACGAAGUUUGUUGUCGCUGCAUGCGGCACUGAGUCGGUAGCGUUUGCAAGCACGGUAGCCCUGCAGAGUUCGAUGCCGGGGGCGGCAUCCACGACCCACUUUCCCCGUGCACUGAAGCGUGUGAAGCGGACGCCUGCUUUCAGCUGCGGUGGCAACCAACACCGUACAGAGACGGUUACGCCGACAGCCACGCGGGUGUUUUGGCGCCCGGCAGGCGGUGGCUGUUAA